UAAUUAAUUUUUGUUACAAAAUUUUUUUUAGAUGCAUUUAUCACUAUCAUCUGGAGAUACAACAUACCAUUUACAAGAUGUACAAGCAUUAAAAGGUUCAAUAGCAAAAGAAAUAGAAAGUCUUGACGCAAUAAGUCAAGCAAUAGCUACACUUCCAGUUGAUGAUUCGUCAAAGUUACAAAUGUUACAAUAUUCAAUUAGAAGAUCUAUAACGCAUUAUGUAAAAGACUUCGUCCUAACACUGCCGGCCGUCCCUACGUUGGAAGAAUUAGAAAAAGCAAAACAAAACCGAUAUACUCUAUUAGAAGACGCCGAACGACACUCAACUGUUAAUAUAAGAAAAGUUACAGUAACAACCGGGUGGUCACCUUCUAAUGUAAACGAAACUAUUCCAGAUGAAGAAGAAGAUCCGUUGUUACAGCAAAUGAAUAUAGUAAGGAGUUAUAUUGAUCAGGCUAGAAAAGCUAAUCGAUUCGAGGAGGUAGCUUCAUUAGAGGAGAAUUUAAAGUUGUUGAAAGAGUCUUAUAGGAAGCAGGAAAGGCAAGAUUAAUGAUGUAAAAUAUAGUUAUUUGUCUAAAUUUUAGGUUAUACAUAUUUACCUACUUUUUAGUGGAAUUGUCAGUGUUUAUUAUUAUAAAUAUUCGAGUCAACUGCAUAUAUGAUGCAGUAAAUUUACUUUCAGUUAAGUAAAUAAAGUCAUUUUCCUAAUUAA